AUGGCCUGCAGCCCGCGGGCUGCGGCUGCGGCUCGGGCUCGGCUCCGGCUCCGGCUCCGGCUCGGCUCGGGUUCGGGCUCGGUUCGGGCUCGGCUCGGGCUCGGCUCGGGCUCGGCUCCGGCUACGCGCGCCCCGCCGCCAUGGCAACGCGCCCGCCCCCCGCGGCCCCGCCCUCGGCGAGCCGCCCGCGCGCCUGCCGCAGUGUCACCCGAGCAGGGACCCGGCGCCUGGGAGGCCGGGGGUCCCCGCGCUCGCAAGGCCUGGCUCAGCUCGGCGGGCGCCGCGGCGCGACUGGGGCUGCGCGCUCCUGGGGACGCGGCCCCUUCUGCGGGCGGCGCGGAGGCGGUGGCCGGUGCGCGGCGGGAGCGGUUCGGGGCGGGGCCCCUCGGUGCCCUGAGCGACGCCCCCGCCCCCUGCCGCUGGGCAGCCUUGGGGCCAAGGAGACCCAAACACCGGACGACGCCUGCCCACCAUUCAGCGGCCCUGCUGUCGCCCCAUGAACCCCUUCGUUGUUCCGCUUAUGGUCCAGUGGCUGGAUUCGGUUCAGCAGCGUGUGAGCCUUGCCCUAGGCUGGGCCCGUGGUUGUCUGAGCAUGCAGGGUACUCUCCCAACCCUGGCAAAGGCGGCACCCCUACCCGCUCUUCCACAGGAAGUGGACUCGGUCCUUUCCCCGCUGCCAGCAGAGCUCUGGUCAGCGGAGGCUACGGGCCAGGCUCUCAGUUUCCUCGCUCCCAGGCCCUACCCUUGCUCCGCGGGUACACAGCAGGUGAUCCGUAAACGCUCCUUGUGUGACUGAGCCAGGGCUCGUGGCAAGGCGUGCAAGUCCAAGCGUUCACUGGGACAUUAAUUCCCAAUACUUUGUGCUUGGGUCCGGUCACAGUGACCCUGGGCCCUGGCAUGUGACGCCCAAGCGUGUGGGAUGCUCAAGUCACUGGAGAAAUGGGCCUUGAGCUGGUAGCCGGGCAGUCGACCUCGUCCUGUGCGAAAUGCCCCUCCCCCGCCCAGGCCAACUAGGCAGAAACUGGGUGCCACUUCCCUGCUUCUGGGCGUGCGGAUGCCCAGAGCAGCAGCAGGGUUGGGUGGAGGAACCGGAGAGAAGCCCCUCCCAGUUGUCUGAUGUGGGCCACUGUCUGAGCUGUCUCCAACUCAGGGCCUCAGAAGGAGGCAGAGGGAGGCAAGAGGGCCCUGGGGUGCCCCCCUGCCCUCAGACCCCGUGCACAGGGCUGAGCAUUCUGGCUGCAGGGUCUGCCUGCUGCAGGGCUGGGGGAGUGGGCUGGUGAGGCCUGGG